AUGGUUGUGACUGCCCAUUUCAUUGAUUCAGAGUGGAACUACAUGGUUGUGACUGCCCAUUUCAUUGAUUCAGAGUGGAAGCUGCAUAAAAAAAUCAUAGCCUUUGUCCCUGUUACCUCUCACAAAGGUAAAAAAAUCAUAGCCUUUGUCCCUGUUACCUCUCACAAAGGGGAGUAUCUUGCAAAAGCCCUAGAAACAUGUUUGCUGGAGUGGGGGCUUAGGAAUAUUUUUAGUGUUACUGUGGAUAAUGCCUCGUCUAAUGACACUGCUAUGGGGUUUCUUAAGAAAAAAAUAGUGUCUUGGGGUACAUCAACUGUGAAGGCUAAGUAUAUUCACAUGAGAUGCAUUGCCCAUAUCCUUAACUUGGUUGUUCAAGAUGGCUUGAAGGAGUGUGAUAGUUCUGUGAAAAAAGUUAGGGAGGUUGUUAGAUAUGUUAGGAAUUCACCUGCCAGGCUAAGGAAGUUCAGGGACUUGGCUGAUUUGUUAGGAAUUGAGCAAAGGUCUUCUUUGUGUCUAGAUGUUCCAACCAGAUGGAACUCUACAUAUUUGAUGUUACAAUCUGCUUUGACUUAUCAGAAAGUCUUUGAAUCUUGUGAAGAGUCUGAUAGUUCUUUCAAAUCUGACUUGGGUGAUUCUGUGCCUAAUUUUAUGGACUGGGAGUCUGUGAGCAGUUUGGUGGAGUUGUUGAAAUGUUUUUAUGAUAUGACAAUCAGAAUUUCUGGAUCUUUAUAUGUGACAGCUAACACAUUUUUCAGUGAGAUUUCUGAUUUGUAUUGUAUUUUAAAUGGAAUGGUGGAAGCUGGUGGGGCAGUGAGCUUAAUGGGGAGAAAUAUGAAAGCAAAAUUUGAGAAGUAUUGGGGUGAUAUAGACAAGAUGAAUCUUAUGAUUUUCUUUGCAAACAUUCUAGACCCCAGGGAUAAAUUAGAGUAUAUGCCUACUCAAAUUAAUCAUAUGUAUGGUGAGGAGAAAGGUAAACCAUACUAUGAUAAAGUGCUUGCUGGUUUGAAUGAGUUAUUUGAUGAUUAUUCUGUUCCUGCCACUUCUUCUGUUUCUGGUUCUUCUGUGUCUGCUGCUGUUGGUAGUGCUUCUUCUGUGAGUUCUAUGACUUCUGUCAGUUCUGUGUCUGUUGGAAGGCCACAACAUUUACUCAAGUCCCAAAUUAAAAAACAAAGAUUGGAAUCUGGGAGUAAGAAAAAAACUGAACUGGAUAUCUACUUGAGUGAGGCAAUAGUUGAGGAGGAAAACUCCUUUGAUAUUCUGAGAUGGUGGAAGAUUAAUGCUGAGAGGUUUCCCAUCCUUUCUAAGCUUGCUAGGGAUGUUCUAGCUAUUCCAAUCUCAACUGUUGCCUCUGAGUUUGCCUUCAGUACAUCUGGGAGAGUAUUGGAUCCUUUUAGGAGUUCAUUAACUCCAAAAAUUGUGGAAGCUUUGGUGUGUACCCAGGAUUGGCUUAGACUGCCCAAUACUCCUCUAUGUAUUGAGGAAAAUCUUGAAGAACUGGAGAGGUUUGAAAAAGAGUUAGUUGAUGGUGGAAGUGGAAGGAACUUUGAUCCUACACUGGCUACAAUUCCUUUUAUGUGGCAAAUGGCAAUGAUGAAGCUUCCACCUAUAAUCUGA